AUGUCCGCCUCCGUGGGGCCCCAGGGCGGCCCUCGCCCACCCACCGCGGCGCCAUCCAUGCCGGAUCUGCCGGACCUCAGCCACCUGACCGAGGAGGAGAGGAAGAUCAUCAUGGCAGUGAUGGCUCGGCAGAAGGAGGAAGAGGACAAAGAACAAGCCAUGCUAAAAACACUGCACCAGCAGUUUGAGAGCUACAAACAGGAGGUGCGUCGCAUCGGGGGGGACACACGGCGUCAGCCGACCCAGCAGAAGGACGAUGCGCCCACCUGCGGAAUCUGCCGCAAGACCAAGUUUGCUGACGGCUGCGGUCACCACUGCUCCUAUUGCCAGACCAAAUUCUGUGCUCGCUGUGGAGGGCGGGUCUCUCUGCGCUCCAACAAUGAAGACAAAGUGGUAAUGUGGGUAUGCAACCUGUGCCGUAAGCAGCAGGAGAUUCUCACCAAAUCAGGAGAAUGGUUUUCGGAGUCAGGUGUGCGGCCCGGGAGCCUGGGCAGCUCCUUGAACGACCCAACCACGGGAGGUGAGGCCCUACGGGACAGGAAGCUACUCCGCUCCAGGUCCCAAGCCCCGCCCUCCAGCACAGGGCCAGACGGGACACAGCUGCCUGCUGGUAUCACUGCUGCCCAAGGUGCUGACACCAUGCCUGGCUCUCGCUCCCAAAGUGAACCACCCAGAGAAAAGAAAAGGCCAGUUUCCCUCCAUGAACAAAAUGGUAAAGGAGGCAUGGGGCGUGGUAGUGGCCGGAGACCUGCUGGGAAGUUGUCAUCUCAGUCAUCCUUGGAUGAGCGAGUGGUUUCCAGUGACAGAGGAGAGAGAAGACUGGGAGACGGACGGAGGCUGGAGAAGAUCCAUUCUCAGGACUACGAGGAUGGAGAGGGCAACUUGGGUCGUUCAGAAACACACCGGAGACGCCCAGAGGAGGAAGAGCUGAGGGAGCGGCAGCGACGUGAGGAGGAGUUCCAGAAUCGUUAUCGCAGUGACCCCAAUCUGGCCCGAUACCCAGUGAAACCGCAGAAGGAGGAGCAGGAAAUGCGCAUGCAUGCUAAGGUGUCCAAAGUACGGCAUGAACGACGACACAGUGAUCUAGCAAUCAACGAAGUUGGAUUGGGACCUGGUGAAGGAGGAGGCAGCGCAUGUGAGGUGCUUGAAAACCGUCUGUCCAGGAGGGGUGGGGGUGGGGAAGGAGACCGCAAGGUCCUGGAGAACCACCGAGCCUACUCGGUGGAUAGGACCGUGGGGGUUGGAGGGGGGCCUGCACCUGCUGGUGGCGGAUUGAAAUCAGGGCCCCAACCUGGGGGACCGGUGCCUCCAGACUGGGGUCUGAACAAGGGCCGUCUAGAACCGGGUACAAUACGGACACCAAGGGACAAAGGUGGGGAUAACCUGCUGAGGAAGGACUCCCAGAGCUCGGACCAGUCUGAAUCUUUGCGGCCACCCCCUCCACGUUCAUACAAGAGCAAACGUGGAGUCAACAAGCGGCAGAUGUCCAUCAGCAGCUCAGAGGAGGAGGGCGGCUCCACGCCUGAGUACACCAGCUGUGAGGACGUGGACAUGGAGAGCGUCAGUGAGAAAGGGGACUGGGAUUGUCAUCCACUGGAUCCUGCAGUGUGGCAUCAUCCAGUUACAUGGCAGCCAUCGAAAGAGGGCGACCACCUGAUUGGACGCAUCACAUUAAGCAAGCGGUCCGCCAUGCCCCGUGAGGCUGGGUCCCUCCUCGGCCUAAAAGUGGUAGGAGGGAAGAUAACAGAGACGGGGAGACUUGGUGCCUUCAUUACCAAAGUCAAGAAAGGCAGUCUGGCAGAUGUCGUGGGACACCUCCGAGCAGGUGACGAGGUGCUGCAGUGGAAUGGCAAGUCGUUGCCAGGGGCAACCAAGAAAGAAGUGUACAACAUCAUCCUUGAAUCAAAGGCCGAACCUCAAGUUGAAAUAGUUGUUUCAAGACCUAUAGGCUCUAUCCACCGAAUUAUGUCCCAAAACUUCUUGAGAAAAGUGUAUAGAGCAUAUCAAGACAUCCCAAGAAUCCCAGAGUCGUCCCACCCUCCUCUAGAAUCUACGGGCUCCAGCUCCUUUGAGUCACAAAAGAUGGACCGCCCCUCUAUAUCAGUGAUGUCCCCUACUAGUCCGGGGACCCUCCGAGACCUCCCUCUGGUGCUGCCUGGACAGCUCUCUGUGAAGCUGUGGUACGAUAAAGUGGGCCAUCAGCUGAUCGUCAACGUCCUUCUAGCCAUAGACCUGCCGACCCGAACAGACGGACGACCUCGGAACCCCUACGUCAAAAUGUACUUCCUGCCUGACAGGAGUGACAAGAGUAAACGGCGAACUAAAACCGUGAAGAAGAGCACUGAGCCCAAGUGGAACCAGACCUUCUUAUAUUCCCACGUUCACCGGCGGGACUUCAGAGAACGCAUGCUUGAGAUCACAGUCUGGGACCAGCCCAGAGUGCAGGAGGAGGAGAGUGAAUUCCUGGGCGAGAUCCUGAUAGAGCUGGAGACGGCCUUGCUGGACGACAUUCCUCACUGGUACAAACUCCAGACACAUGACGCGUCUUCCAUACCUCUGCCCCAGCCGUCUCCGUACCUCCCACGCCGACAUGUCCAUGCAGACAGUCCCAGCAAGAAGCUACAGAGGUCCCAUCGCAUCAUAGAUACAGAGUUUGAUGAUGAUGCAGAGCGUAACUCCAGGGAGAGAGAGCGGGGCAGCACGUUGGCUGUGCCUGAGCAGCAGCGGGCCGUCCAGCACCGCUCUCGCUCGGUUUCUCCUCACAGGGAGGACUCGUGCAGGGCCCGCUCGCGGCCGGCACACGUGCCAAUGCAAAGGAGUCUGGACGAGAUCCAUCAGAACCGCCACCACUCCCACUCCCCCUCCCGCUACCACGACUCCCACUUGGAGCACCAACGUUCCGGUGACUCGGACUAUGAAUACUCAGAGGACAGUGAGGUCCUGGAGAUGCACAGGUCAAUCCGGGGCGGGAGUGCCGAGUGCCUGCACACUAACAGGGGCGUAGGUAGACACAGCAACACACUCCCACCCAAAAUGCCCCUGUUAUCAAACGGUAUCCAUAAAGAUAUUUACAGCUCCACCCUCCCCGCAUGCCUAAAGAGCAAGGCACCCCACAGACAAGAGGGGGUUAGCACCAUGCCUCGUAGCAUCCUCACACACCGUGUGCUCAGGUUCACUGAUGAGGUCACGGUUAGCGACCUGCAGCCGUCGCUGGACAGAGUGAGGAGUGCCAGCACCACUUGUCUGAGACCAGACACCAACUUUCACUCCCCUGACAGAGACAGGUGCUCCAACUCUUUGCCCCACAAGACUCCCCCAAGUCCCCGGAUCAUAGUAGAACAUGUAGCCCCUGAGGAGGAGAGUCGUAUCCAGCCCACCUCUAUCCUGAGGGGCAGUAGGGGGAGAGGGGGCCCGCUGAGGCCCUUUGGCCAGACAGCCCUGGCUGGGUCCUGUCCAAACUCGCCACGGCUAGACAGAGCACAUCCUCACGGCAGCCCCUCUCCAACAGGGACUCCCUCAUCAGGUCGUAGGGGCAGGCAGCUGCCGCAGCUCCCUGCAAAGAGCAGCAGCGUAGAGCAAGGUAUGUUGUGUGGGAGCGAUUCAAUAAUCUCAAAGUCCCUCGCAGUAGAGGAGCGAGCCCGACAGGCGCAAAUGAAAGUACAUUCCUACCGGCCUUCAGCCUCCCACGACCCUGAGACGGACCUCAAGACCAAACGGGAGAUGUAUGCGGAACAGCGGCGUAGCAGUGACAACAUGUCGGCGAGAUCAUCGGACAGUGAUAUGAGCGAUGUGUCAGCCAUCUCCCGUGCCAGCAGUGCCUCUCGCCUCAGUAGCACCAGCUACAUGUCCAUCCAAUCAGAACGGCCUGGGGGACGACUCAGAUCCAAGUCUUUAGAGGAGGAGGAGAAGAAGGACAGGAGGAUCUCGUGGGGGGUGGAAGGGGAGGAGGAGAGGAGGAGGGCGACAGGAAAGAGACGUUUCUCUGCGGAGUUGAAGCGCAGGAGACACACUGUUACAGGAGACGACACUGAGUCCAGCCGGCAGAUGCGGUCGUCUAUGGGCCGCAACAUGCUGAAGAGCUCCAGCGUGAGCGGGGAGAUCUACACCCAGGAACGCACUGACGGCAGCCAAUCAGACACGGCGCUGGGCACUGUGGGUGGCGGCAGCAAGAAGAGACGCUCCAGCCUCAGCGCACGGGUGGUGGCCAUAGUUGGAAACCGUCGCAGUCGCAGCACUUCACAGAUCAAUGGCCCCGAGGGGAAGAGUAAGAAAGAGAAGGGAGCACCUAUCCAGAGGAGCACCGAGACAGGAAUGGCCGUGGAGCUGACCAGGAACAUGAGUCGACAGCCCAGCAGAGAGUCCAACAAUGGCAGCAUGAAUAGCUGCACCUCGGAGGGAAAUCUCAUCUUCUCUGGAGUGAAUCUAGGUGCCAGCAGCCAGUUCAGUGACUUCCUGGAUGGUCUGGGACCAGCUCAGUUAGUGGGCAGGCAAACACUGGCUACUCCUGCAAUAGGUGAUAUCCAGAUUGGUAUGAUGGAGAAGAAGAGCCAGUUGGAGGUGGAAGUCAUCAGAGCUCGAGGACUCGUACAAAAGCCAGGAUCCAAAUCUCUCCCCGCUCCAUAUGUCAAGGUCUACCUGCUGAAUAACGGAGCGUACGUAGCCAAAAAGAAAACAAAGAUUGCACGGAAAACACUUGACCCACUGUACCAGCAAGCACUGCUAUUUGAGGAAAGCCCACAGGGUAAAGUCUUACAGGUGAUUGUAUGGGGAGAUUACGGCCGCAUGGACCAUAAAAGCUUCAUGGGAGUUGCACAAAUCCUAUUGGAGGAACUGGACUUAUCAAGCACAGUCAUUGGUUGGUACAAGUUAUUCCCACCGUCCUCCUUGGUGGACCCGACACUUGCCUCCCUAACACGGCGAGCUUCCCAGUCGUCACUUGACUCCUCAGGAGUCCGAUCCUAGUGGACCAACAGCUCUACACCGCUCGGCGAGUAACAAACUCAAGAAACUAAGAGUAGAGAGACAAAUAGAGAGAGGGGGGAAAAAACUAAUAGCGGAAAUGUAGAACAACAAUCAGAAACAGUCACAACGAGAAAGCUUUGUUGAGAUCUGACAAUCACUCCUGUCGCUGUUAAUUUUGUCUGUUGUAGGGAGCGCCACGUUUCAGUGUUUCAUAUCCAUUCGAUGAAAAAUCGUAUUGUUUUUUCUCUGUGUAUGCUGAAGAGGCAGGGCUGUCCACAGACAAGCUGUAGCUCUUGAGACAGGAGACGAAACAGUGUCAGAGAAUCAAAAGUGAUGCAGGGUGGUUUUUAACUGAAUCAACAAUAGCAAAGAAAUGUAUGUAAGCGUCGGAAUGUAUGGACUCGAGACAGAGGUGAUCACACUCCACCCCUGCAGCUGGCACAGUCCUCUCUGCAGUGGCCUCCUCCAGAACCCCAACAGACUGCCGCACUCCUGCCCCCAGGCAGGGUGCUCCCACCUGGGUAUUCAGUCUGGAAGCACAGGGCCUUCUUCUGGUGCCUAUGACCUUGGAGCCACAUCUCUGGUCCCGCUCUCUGUCAAAGGACCCUCUCUUUUCAAUAUGUUUACCAUGGCUGCUCCGAGGCCACACUGUUUUAGUGUGUUUGCUUUGUCGUUUAUUUCUUUCCCUUUGUUACUACUGGCACAAAAUGUUUUUAGAGUGCGUAAAAUGCUCAUGAUAAUGUUGUCAGUCUGGUGUGUGCAUGGUGAGAAAAAACUAAAUACAGAGAGAUAAAAAAACGGAUCUAAAAACUAUUAAAUGUCUGCAAGUGUUAUUCAAGGGGGGUGCUAAUGAUAUUGCCACAGCUUAGAUUUUUACACUUGACAGCGGGCAGAGUUGUUUUCCUUGUUGCACCUCUGGCAGAAGUCCAGGCCAGUCGUCUUUGUAUAGAUGUAUAUUAGGCCUCUCAAGAGGUUGACCAAUAAAUAAGAUAUAUGUCACUUUGAAAUCACAAGGAUACAACAUCACUGUAAAAAAAAUUUAAAAUAUAAAUCUUUGUUCACCUGUGCAACGGCAAGAUAGGAGCGUUUUAUUUUUCACAUUUUUCGGGAAGUGCAGUCCUACACCCCAGCACGUUUGAGGUUUUUAUCCAACCCUUAGUUUACAUUAUUUUUAAAUUUUAACACAAGCACAAGAGCUUGAUUUUUUUACGACAAAAAGUCUAACUUUUUGCAAAAAAAAAUACAUGACGUUAAAAAAAGGAAAAAAAGAGAUUACUACCGUCACUCAUUCGGUUCAUUUCAUUGUCUAGAUAUUAGAAAACACACAAACAAACAGAGGAGAAGAAUCGCUCACAGUUUCCCUUGUUUGUCUCUGUGAAUGUCAAAGUAACGAAUCAGACUGAUCUGUCCCGACGUCAACACUAAUGGCCAUCCUCCGUUUGGCCCGCAGACUCCUCCCAUCGAGGAAGAGGCGGGGCCAGCAUGACUUAGGAACCUGUUCCGAGCUGCAUGCACAUUUUUGUAAAACAGAACAGAUACAAAAAAAGAUACUGACCUAGAUACGUGUGUUAGUUCCACAUACUCUAGGGCCGCUUGUAUGUUGCAUGCAGUUGUACAGUUUGCUCGUACUUGAAUAUUAAAGAAAUAAAACCAAGAAACAGAAGCCAUUCCCAUUACGCAAAGACAUCUGAUCUCAACUGCAGUCUACACCACGUCCCUCAGUCCGGUGCUGAAUGUCUCUCAAACUAAAUCCCAAGAUUGUGUUGUCUUUCCUCGAACCUCUGGAAGAUGUACUGUACUGUAUGGUAGUACUGAGCAGACCUCACAGCCCCUCUUACUGUUAUUCCACAUCAUAGUAUACCUCCAAGGGGCUGAGAUGAUGUAUGAAUAAAUAUGUACAAAUCAGAUCCACCUAUAUGAAAAUAUGAAUUAUGUUUCAACAUAAUGAUUUCAGAUAUGCUAACACAUGAACUGUUAAAUUAUGUAAAGAGUUAAUGCACAGAGAGUCACACACUGUAAAUACUCAACAGCCAUGCACUGGGUUUUCAUUGGGCUGAGUGAUAACUUCACAGGGGCCAAGUCAUGUAAUGAGGAGCGAUUAAUACGUCAAUAGGGACCAUGCAGUGGGACAACACAGAGCAGUGGACAUGGGUCACAUGCGGCUGAGCUCAAGCACACAGCCGCCAAACCUCCAGGUGUACCACUGCUCUCAAAGUCGACGCGUGAACACUUCUUUGGGCUUCAAACCCAGUGUUUGAACUCCGACCAUGCUCAGUCCCACUUCAGAAGAGUUGACCUUUCUUUUCAUCGUCCGGUAAAGCUGAUUUCCCCUUCUUUUUAGUUUUUUCUUAAUUUUUCUUUGUCAGUAUUAACAGGAAAAAAAAUUGCUGAUUGUUUACAACUUCUGUGUUCCACUGAAACAAAAAGAAAAUUAGAAAAAAGUAAAGCAUUCACUGCAACAUUUCUUGUUUGUAUAACAGA